CCGAGAGUAGCUCAGAAGAUGACGUGGAUUCCUUUCGUGAUUGCCAUGAAUCUAAGCCCUCCCACUAUCAUCUUGACUUGGCCAAAAUCUUGUAUGGAGAUUCCAUGCCACGAUUCUUGGGCCUGGGUGAUUCGAUUUUUAAAAGUCUCUCAGGGGCAAGCGGGACCAAAUCACACUCGUCGCGAGAAGACGAUGUUGCAAGAAGGCUUUUAGCCGCACGAAAAAAAUCUCCAACAAAAUCGAUGGUUACAGGAGAGCAACCGCAGAUCCUCGCAGCACAUUCUUCAUCUAAUCCACAUCAAAACCUCGAAGUUGCUACUGCGAUUCGAAAACCUCCCUAUAGCAUUAGCCGACUAAAGAAGACAGCAAAAGUUCCUGUACCUGAGCAGCCGCUGAUCCGCUCCUACAAACUCGACACUCCACCAAGAGACGAGCUGGUAUACUGCACCGACAGCCUCCGCCGCGUGGACCGAAAAGUCGCCCGCUACGUACGAACAUAUCGAGAGCUCAUGAACCAGAUCCGGCGACAGAACGGUCUACGUAUGGAUCUCGCUGUGCGCCAGCCCAAGCCUAAGAUGAAGCCUCUGCCUCCGACAUUUCCCCCAUCCAUGCGCAAAAUGCUCUCGAAUUCUUUCAAAGAAGUCGAAGACCUCACGUACCAGUACCAUAAAGCCAUGGCCGCUAUUCGAAGGUAUAGGGAUGAUGGACCCGAGCUUAUAAGGAAGGUUGCAACCGAUAUCCCUAGAAGUUUUGUGUCAUGGCUCAAAAGCGCAACGAAUGAAAGCGCACAUUGGGUUGGCGUGUAUGAGAAGGACUUUGAGAACGUGAUGGCCACGAUUAGGAUGAAUAAAAUCUACAGGGACGGACUCGAAAACACCACCCUUGUACCCACGGGCGCGCUUCGUGGCGUCGGCGACAACAGCUACGAGACCGGCAUUCUCCGGUUUACAAACGUCCGCCUCACGCCCAAACGCCUCCUUGCUGAGCUGUCUGAGACCACUCGCCAGAUGCAGGCCAUCAUCGACAGCCUGCAAGACCAGAUCGGCCUCACACUUCAUAGGCUCGUAGUCGCGGACCUUGCGAACAAGAUCUUUGGGGUCACCACGUCGCUGGCGACAUCCAUGAAUAAAACACUCACUGUGAGAAGCUUCCGCGCAGACAUGGCCCUCACCGCCAACAACUCCGCCGUCGUUGUGUACGGGCUGCACAUGCGUCUCCGGUGGCAGUUCACCAGCAUGAUCAUGUCGCGCCGCGGGCGGAAAUCCCAUGGACAGAGACAGGGCCGAGCGCUGCGCAAGCUUGCGAAUAUCACGCACAGAUACGCGCAGCUUUGCUCGUUCGACAAGAACCUGUUCUUUGGCAGUGAUCAUAUGACGGGUGUUAUACAUAAGUUGCUUCGUGCCAAGGAGAUGGAGAAUCGUUUGAGCAGGUUGAUGAAUAUAAGGGAGGGAAAAUAUGUAUCGAUCAGUAUGUAUGCUAGGAAGAAGAAAAGGGUCGAAAAGUCGGCGGAGAAGUCGACGGAGACGAAAGUCAGGAAGAUGGAUGCGCAGUACAAUGCGAUUAAGGCGUUGGAAAAUACGGUCAAAGGGUGGCUAGGAUGACGUGCGGUUAUAGAACAGGGACGCACGGC